GUGUCGCCUAUGAGGCCAUAAGCUCGAGUUGCGUCAACCCGGAGUGGAGCUCUCUGUGUUGCUCCCAUUCGCGGGUAUUCGUGCCACUUUGUGGACAUAAUUUAUCAGCUCUUAGGGUUCAUCAUUUGUGAGCCCCAUGCUGUACAUGGAGAGUUCUGCACCUCCAUCCUUCUUUGCAGCCAAAUGGAUUGUCAUCAUCAUUUCAAUAUUGAUGGUGUCGGCCGUCUCCUGGCUGUACGUGCUGUACUACCAGCACAGUGGGCGACGCAGCUGGCUGGUCAGCGGGCUGGUGGCCGCCAGCCUCUCCGUCACGCUGCUGGUGCUCGUCAUCAUCCCCGUGGACGUGUACGCCAUCAGCAGCCUCAAGACCAAGGAGGGCCAGUUUGAGCCUUGGGCGAGCACGAACGCCUCCCGCGCGCGCGUCGAGGACACCAUCAUGAACGGCUACUACGUGCUCUACUCUUUGGUAUUCUUCGUGGUGUUCUUCCUGAUGCCCUUCGCGUACUUCUUCUAUCGGGAGCCGAGUGAUCAGGAGACCGGCGCGCCGGAACCGACGGCCAAGCAGCGCGCUCGCACUGCCGUCAAGUACUCGCUGGCGUUCGUGCUGAUGUUCACGCUGCUGGUGGGCCUGGGCCUGCUGGUGCCGUUUGCGCCGCCGCCGCCCACCAACUCCACCGAGUGGCAAGAGUUCCGCUUCAUGGUGCACGAGCUGGAGACGGAGGCCGGCGAGGAUGUGGUCUCGAUUCUGCUCUACUCGCUGAGCCUGGUGGGCAUGUGCGCCAUGAUCGGCUACACGGGCCUGGGCCUGUCGCUGUGGCCGAUCGGCCUGCUGCGUGGCCGCGAGAGCGCCCAGGAGCAGCGCGAGGAUGUGCGCCAGGAGCGCCGCCGCCUCCAGCUGCAGAUCAACUCGCUGCGAGACCAGGCCAACUACUCGACGUUCCCGUCGUGGCAGGCCGACCGUCUGGCCGGCCUCGAGCGCGAGGAGGCGGCGCUCGGCAGACGUGAGCUCGAACUGAAUGAGGCCGUCGCCGCCUGGCUGCACAGGUGCAGCAACUUCCUCCGGCCGUUCGAGCUGGUGCUGGGUGUCACGGUGGCUUCUGUCGGCGCUGUGACCUUCACCGCGCUGCUGCUCAGCAACAUCGACAAGGCUCUACACUCCCUGGGUAUGAAGUCGGGCUACAUCUUGCCGGAGCGACAGUUGCCCAACCCGAUGGACUGGUUGCUGCAGCAGACGGACCGCGUGUACCCGCUCGACUACAUCCUCUACUUGCUACUCAUCUUCACGCUGUUCGGCGCCACCGUCAGCUGCAUCCAGGACAUCGGCGUGCGCGCCUUCGCCGUCAAGCUGUACGCGGUGCGGCCCGGCCGGACCCGGCCGCACGGUCUCAUCCUGCUGGUGCUCAGCCUGGUGUACGUCCUGCUGGCGCUGAACGUCAUGCUGCUCUCCAUCGCGCCCCACUACACCAUGUACGGCGACCAGCACUACCGGCUGCUGAUCCCGCAGCCCGACAACACCGACACAGUCGAGGUGCUGUCCUGCUCCACGCGGGCGCCGGCCGGCGAGUGUGUGCUCAGCCGAAUGGCGCUGCUGCUGCUGCGCUUCUCUUACAAGGCCUGGAUAUUCGGUGCUGUCUUCUACUGGGCCACCUGGCUCUUCCUCGUGUCGGUGGUGGUCGGCUUCUUCUUGGCGCUGUGCCGCCCCAACGCCGGUAUGAAGCGGCACCUUGCCAUGGCGACGGCCCCUUCGACCGAGUCGCCGGCGCCGCGCCUGGAGGUGCGCCGCGCGCGGCCUGAGGACCGCGCGCGCAUCGAUAGCCUCGAGUGGGAGCACAAGUGGACGCAGCAGGUUUACGGCUACACCAAGGUGACCGCGCAGAUGGAGCACGCCGCGCUCAACGUGGUGGCCGAGGAUGACGAAGGCACGGUGCAGGGGUUCGCUGUUUACAACUGGCACCCGGACGAAGCGACAACGCAGCUCGUGUGCGCCCAGCCGGCCGUGGGUGCCGUGCUCCGCGCCGUCCUCACCUGGCUGUUUUCGGUGCUGCCUGACCUGGAUCGCGUGUUCCACGCCACGUGCUGCCACCAGAGCGAGCUGGGCUUCCUCGAAGAGGCGAACUUCCGCAUCAUCAGCGAGCGCGGCGCGCCGGACCACGACGAUCUGCGCGAAAUGUUCGCCGUCGACGAGCAGCGGCUGAAGGAGGCGUACGGCGAGUUCUUCCUGGCUGAAGUGAUAGCGGACGAGCGGGACUCGUCCUUCUCGGCCGUAGUGGAGGUGGACAAGCUGGCGGUCGGCAUCAUGAGCGUCACGACCGAGGUCGACCUCGACAUGCUCAACGACAACUUCGAGCUGGCGCCAUUCCACGGCCUUCGGAAGAAAACCACAGAUGACACGACCGGCUUGGCCAGCAGACUGUCUGACGAGGUGAUGGGGCUGUGGGGUCCAGAAGUGCUGGCUCCCGGCUUCGGCGAGCUCGAGGAGGAGGAGGCGCCGAUCCCAGACGACGAGGAGCCGGACGGCAGCCGGCCCGUGCUCGAGAUGAUCUGGGGCUACCCGGUGUCGGCGGACGGCCGCGUCACGCGCAAGGUGAGCACCGUGCUGAGCGGCCUCUCCACCGAGCCGGUCACCGGGCCGCCGCCGCGGCCGCGCGCCGUGCCGCACUACCACGGCGCGCCCAACGCGGCCGCCAUCAACCUGUUCUGCAUCCAGGAGGAGCAUGCCUGCCGCUCGCUGGACCUGCUUCCGGCGGUGCUGGCGCGCCUACCGGACGUCGACUAUCUGGUGAUGACGGUGCCGGCCGACGAGCCGGAAACGCCGCUGACGCAGCUGUUCACGCGCGUGCCGCACCGCGCCACCUCCACCUUCCCCGGACAGUUGUACGUGUUCCACCGAGCGUCGCUCAUCACGGACUUCGAAGUGGCGAGCGCGCGCAGCAACGAGCUGGGAGACAUCCGCGCGCUGGUCAAACACACGGACGCCGCCGAGACGCUGAUGCAGACAGUGCGCGGGCUGUUCAUGGACAACGCCGCCGAACACACAGUGCUGGUGGUGCGUUGUGCGGACCAGGUGGUGGGUGUGAUCGUGGUCCGGCACGAGGUCGAAAUGGAGUACGUCCGCUCGCACUUUGAGGUGGAAGAGUACGUGACGUUCGAGCACCACGACCAGCGCGACGGCUUCGGCCACCUUUACCACUUCGCGCUGAACCCCAUCUUUCAGCGGUACGCGGCCGUCAUUCUGGGCGAGGUGAUGCGGCUGACGACGUUCUCAGUGCUGCUGUACCCGGUGUUUCCGCCGGGCUCGACCGACACAGAGGGCCACAGCCUGACCUCGGCGCUGGAACAGCUGUGGCCAGUGGCCUGGCGCCGCCAGAUCCAGUACCCGCUGGUGCAGGGCACGCUCGGCGUCAACAUCCCCAAGCCGCACAUCCUGCAGCACGAGGAGCCGCGCACGCUGCAGCUGACCACGCGCGGGGCCGUGCUGCGCCAGCGCGCGCGCAUCAACAGCAGGGUGGUGGUGGUGGGCGGCGGCGACGCAGGCCUGGCCGUACUGGAGAGGCUGGUGUUCUCGCGCGAGCUGCUCUUCACCAACCUGACGCUUGUCGAGCCGCACGGGUUCCAGGGCGACUCCGAGGCCGGAGCACUGGCGACCGACAUGUGCACUUCUACCGAGAACUUCCAGCCGUAUCGGCUGGCCACUAUGUGGCUGCGCACCUGGGUCAACUUGGUGCGUGGCGUCAUGCACACCAUAGACAGGAAGCGCAAGUGCAUCCUGGUGUCGGGCGCCGCCGAGAUCCCGUACGACUACCUGCUGCUGACGUGCGGCCAGCAGUUCCAGCUGCCGGCGCGGCUGGUGCCGCGGCCGCCGCGACCGUUCGCGGACCGGCCGCCGCUCUUCCCGCCUGCCCAGCUGCCCGACACGCCCGACAACGUGUUCCGCGUCAACUCGCCGUUUGACGCCGAGCGCGCGCUUGAAUACGUGCGCGCGUAUUGCCUCGAGCGCGCCGAGAACGUGAUCGUGUACGGCUGCUUUCUGGAGGCGCUGACCUGCCUGGAGACUCUGAUCCAGCUGCCGGUGCCGCCGCACCGCCUGGUGCUGGUGCUGCCGCCGGACGCGCACGGCUCGCCGCCGCAGCUGACAGACGACCCCCAGGUGGACCGCGGCAUCUUCCACAACCUCAAGUCGGCUGGGAACGGCAUCCGCAUCCUGGAGGGCUACACGCUCACCUAUUGGGACACCAAGUCCAACAACCGCAUCUACAGGGUCCAGCUGACGAGCGAGGCCGCCGAGACUAAGGAACGCUACCUCUCCUGCUGCGGCCUCUUCGUGUACGACCACAAAGGCGUGGAGCUAGUGACGUUCAAGGCGCUCAACGACGCCUCACUGGUGUUCGACGGCAGGCUGGUGAUUGAUCAUCAGUUCAGCACCAAUGACGCCAGCAUCAGAGCUGUCGGUACCAUGACCAAGUACUCCAGGAGGUACUACGCAGACAGCUUCGACCACUUCGAGUACAACUCGCGUGACGUGGGCCACGCGCUUGGCACCCAGCUGCUGAAGGUCUUUGGCGAGACGCACCAGCAGCUGACCACCAAGCUGGGCACCAAGGACCGGCGCCGCUCCUCAAUCAGCGGACAGCCUCUGCCGCCCGAGUUCGAGCUGCCGCUGGUGACGCGGGCGCGACUGCCCGGUGGCUGGCAGUACCUGCACAUCAGCGCGCCGGCGCCUGUCGUCGACCUGAGCCCGCCCUGGGUGCUGGCCACCGGAGACCCCGUCUAUAAGUCAGCCACCGGCUAUAUGCGGCUUGAGGUGAGCCAGUGGCGGGUGGUGCAGAAGAUCACGUGCUACUCGCAGAAUGCCAUCGAGGCGGACAACAUGAUCGCCCUGUACGGCCUGCACGAGGUGUUGCUCAACAACAUGGUGGCCAGGUACAUGGAGGGUCUGAUUCCGGACCUGUACGACUACUUCCGCCAGCCGUGGGUGAUGAUGGUGUUCCAUGACCGGUUCGCCGUGCUGCUGAACGACAUCCGCCAGGCGAUGCUGCGCUGCCAGUGCAGGGACGGCAAGCUCACCCUUGAGGAGAAGAUCGUGGACGACAUGUGCCGCUACAGCGAGCUGACCCAGGAGGAACACAUCAAGAUCCUGGAGGACUUCCGCGCCGGCGGCGUCGACCAGCUGGUCGAGUCGUGGGUGCUGCAGUACCUGGCCAACAACCAGUACCACCUGCCCAUGUACGCCCGUGAGGGCACCGCUGAGUCGCUCAAGAUCAACAAGGAGAGCGUGCGGGACUCGGCCAACGCAGGCAUGGCGAGCUCACGCGCGCAGCUGGCCAAGAUGUCCGACUAG